UGUCGUUGAUCUGUUGAGGAAUGGGUUGCUUAGCAACAUCCUGAUGCAGCGCCGCCAAACAUAGCAGUCGAGCUUAGCUAGAGAACACUGAUUACACACUAAUCACGCACUGCUCUGCGCUAUUAUAUAUAAUCUGAUUUAAUUCAGGAGGUAGGAUCGUUUGCGUUUAUUCAAAAGCAAACGCAGAUCUUUUAAACAUCUUGUACGCACACCUAAACAUAGUCGCUUAGCAAGUAUGCUAGCUAGUAGGCUAUCUGGCUAGUUUACUUCAUCUACAGAAAUACUGUCCCUGGAUUAACGGACAUCUAAAUCGAUGCUGUUUGUAAAGCUAGUGAUUCCUUUUAUAGGCUUUAUGGUGACCAGAGUGCUAGUACAAUGACUGGCUAAAUCUAGUCUAGUUUCAGGGUCGUGUGCUCGUGGACAGUAAAGCAUCAUCACCAUGCUCUUGUCUCGGAUCAAACCAGCAGUGGGUGGGGAAGCCUCCACCAGCUCGAAUGAGAAGAAAAGGAAAAAUAAAAGCAAAAAGAUUCCAAGACUUGAGGAUUAUCUAAACCAAAGAGACUAUUUGGGAGCCCUGACUCUAUUAGAGUUUCAGCGUAAUGGCGGGGUGUCAGUGGAGCAUGCAGACCUUUGGACUGGCUUCUGUGCCUUUCAUUUGGGAGAGCACAAGAGAGCAAUGGAGGAGUACGAAGCUCUCACUCUGAGGCCGGAGUGUCCGGUGGAUGUUUGGGUAUAUCUGGGCUGUUCGCUCUUUUUCCUGGGGCUUUAUAAAGAGGCCGAGGAGGCGGCAUCAAAAGGGCCAAAAACUCAGCUUCAGAAUCGCCUGCUCUUUCAUUUAGCUCAUAAGUUCAGUGAUGAAAAGAAGCUGAUGGGUUUCCAUCAGAACCUGGAGGACGUGACUGAGGACCAGCUGAGCUUGGCUUCCAUUCAUUAUAUGCGCUCUCAUUACCAAGAGGCCAUUGAUAUCUACAAACGCAUCUUACUGCAGAACAGAGACUUUCUGGCCCUGAAUGUGUAUGUGGCUCUGUGUUACUAUAAGCUGGAUUACUAUGACGUGUCUCAGGAGGUGUUGGCCGUGUAUCUGCAGAGUAUUCCUGACUCUACCAUCGCCCUUAACCUCAAAGCCUGCAACCACUUCAGACUCUACAAUGGCAAAGCUGCUGAGACGGAGUUGAAGAACCUGAUGGAUAUCUCUUCCAGCUCAUUUCAGUUUGCUAAAGAGCUCAUUCAGCACAAUCUGGUUGUGUUUCGUGGGGGUGACGGGGCCUUGCAGGUUUUACCUCCUCUGAUUGACGUCAUAUCAGAGGCCAGACUCAACCUGGUCAUCUACUAUCUCAGACAAGAUGACAUUCAGGAGGCCUACAAACUCAUCAAAGACCUUGAGCCCACCACACCCCAGGAAUAUAUUCUGAAGGGGGUGGUGAAUGCUGCUUUGGGACAAGAUAUCGGAUCGAGGGACCAUUUAAAAAUUGCCCAGCAGUUUUUCCAGUUGGUUGGAGGCUCAGCCAGUGAAUGCGACACAAUACCCGGCAGGCAGUGUAUGGCCUCUUGUUUCUUCCUGCUGAAACAGUUUGAGGAUGUGCUUAUAUAUCUCAACUCAGUCAAGACACUGAAGGAGGUUUUGCCAAUGUUGAGGAGCACUGGCAACCCACAAGUUGAGUACAUCAUCCGCAUCAUGAAGAAAUGGGCCAAAGACAACAGAGUGGCUCUCUGA